CUCCCCCGACAAUAUUUGUUUCUCCUCUGGUCAGGACCAGAAAGAAGGAAACGCUUGCUACGUUAGCCAGUUUAUCCCAAACCAAAACCGUUUUUGUAGCUACAGUGAGCACUGACUUGACAAGCAAGGGACAACAUUGGUUGAGGAUUCCAUAAACAACUUGAGACAUUUGCUAGUAUAAUAUCUCCUUUAUACUGCUACAACAUAAUCUACAGUGAUGCCAUCCGAUAGACCAUUCAAACAAAGAAGGUCAUUCGCUGAUCGUUGCAAAGAAGUGCAUCAAAUCCGUGACCAGCACCCCAACAAAAUCCCAGUAAUCAUUGAGCGGUAUAAGGGAGAGAAGCAGCUGCCUGUGUUGGACAAGACAAAGUUUCUUGUCCCAGACCAUGUCAACAUGAGCGAGUUAGUGAAAAUAAUCAGGCGCCGGCUGCAGCUCAACCCCACGCAGGCCUUCUUCCUCCUGGUCAACCAGCACAGCAUGGUGAGCGUCUCCACGCCCAUCUCCGAGAUCUACGAGCAGGAGCACGACGAGGACGGCUUUCUCUACAUGGUUUACGCCUCUCAGGAGACCUUUGGCUGCUAGGGAGAGAGGGAAGUCUGGUCAAAGAGAGAAGGGUGAGAUAGAGGGAGGCACGGGGGUACAGAGGCGAGGUUGGGUAGAGUUAGGUCUCACCCAGCUGUGUUUUUUUUCUGUCUUGCCCCCCCCUGGAUAAUUUGAGUUCCCUUAAGGGUAAUUAAACAGACAACACCACGUCUUUUCAUGACACUAGUAGUUAAACAGGAACGCUAUGUGCAACAUCCCCUUCCUCUUUCCCCCCCCUUAUUAAAACUACCAUCCCCGGUGGAAGUACAUUUAUAUUAGUCUUUUUUUCUUUAGCCAUAGGCUAGUGAUCUUGGCCCCUUUGGUUUUGAUUUUAUAGUUUAUUAUUUUAUCUCUAACUGGGACCUGGUUUUUCAGAUAGAGUAGAACUUUGUUAGUGUUUUGUUUUUAGGUUUUCAUUGUCUGUGUUUUAUAACAUACCUUUCUACUUAAGUGGUCAUAGGUGUUAUUGCCUAAACCAAUGGUUUGUGUCUUGAGUUUUCCCCAAUAUUGACACAGCUUACCCACCGGUACAUGUGUCUAUUUGCCAACAGUGGAAGUGAAUUAACUACACAACAAGACAUGCAAUUGCUCUACCAUAGGCUAAGCCUAAAUCUGCUAGAGCAUAGGGUAAUUUAGGUUGUUCUCCGCUCUCUCUCCAUUUUCAAGUACUGUUUUAAUAAUCAAUCAGAUGAAUCAAAUGAGUUUGUGUGUCACCUUUGAAUGGUAAGUAGUCUUUGAUAGCUGACUGGCUCCAUGAGCAAGAUGACCAUCCGUACAGUCAUAUAACAGGUAAUGUUGGGAAUGUGUGUUGUGAUAUAGGCUAGUGCUUAGAAUUGAGUAGUGGAAACUGAUGUAUAACGUAGAAAUAAAUACGCUUCUUUGCACAUAUACGUUUAUACUAUUAUAAUAAGUAUUGAAUAGAAAUAAAUGACUGUAUAACACCUUUUAUUCUUUUUGUAUCUGAUAUUCUGUCCUUUAGAACACUGUUCUGUACGUAUGCCUUUGGUAAAAUGACAUUUGAAACUAUGGGUUUGUGAUGCACUACCUUGCAUGUUUUUCAGUUUAAUUUUUUUAUAUAUAUAGAUUUACGCAAUAGAUAUAAUUAUUUUAAGUUUAUUAAAACAUUUCUUUUUAGAAUUGUUUCCAAACCAAAAACUGAAAUAAGUGUAUAUGUAUGUUUGAAACACAAUUGUGUGUGUAUAAACCAUAAAAAAUUA